AUGCGUGCAUUGCUCUGCGCUACUUAUGGAGUUACAGACGAAGUAACCGUCAAUUUGUCAAAGUUGUAUAUGAUCAGCUGCGGUGUAUUUUUAACCUCUUCCGGUGACAUUAGCGGAGCCACGUAUUUUCCAAUCAAUCGAACGACCUCCUGCGAUGAGUUUAUCCUAGCCAUCACUUCCAAAAUAAAAGCUAUCAUCUCUCCAAGCUCGUGGAGAGGAUAUUUUCUCAGACGAAUUUGCAAUAUAUCAGUCGGAGGCGCAGACUUACAGGGUUCAAAACGAUUUGUUUUCGAAGAUUCAAGUCAUUUUAAAAAUAUUCCUGCGCAGCAAACUGUCCAGCCUAUCACCACUUCUCACUACAUGAUUUCGCCAAUUUCAAUAAAUAAAGAUGAUGGAUUUGUCUUGACGGCCGUGAAAAUUCUAGCGUCGCCGCUGAUGGUCCUUGAUAGCAGAUAUUUAAUGCCCGUAAAGCUUUCAGAAAUCCCCGCAGAAAAAUCCAUCACAGACCAUUUGCAAGAAAUUAUGGAGAAGUCGCGCUCCCAGCCGUCCGCCACACAACUUUUUCGAAGAACAGUUGUUCGAAGACAGCCUCCAGUCGUUCAGCAGCCGCAAAUUACACUUUCUGCUGAGUUGCUUGCCAAACUAAAUUCUAUCUUAGAAGUGUUUCCGGAAAUUGACCGAGCAGCGACCAUCCGUGAUUUGAGCCAGACCAACAGUAUCGAUCUCACCAUUCAAAACAUUCUCAACGGCAAGAUCCCCAACGCACCACCAAAAGCAAAGCCUGUACGGAAAGCGAUCCCAAAAUUGUCAGAAAUCAAGACAGAUCUCGUUGCCGAGAGCCUAAAAGACGGCUCAAAUCCCAUCAAGUCGCACAUGAGCCUCGAAGAGCGUAAAGAAGCCUUGUUACAAUUUGCUCGAGCAAAAUUUCUUUCUAAAUUAAACGAUUCUAAGAGCUCAUGGUCUCUUGGACUCGGAAUAACUCUUCCAAUCGCACUUAUGGCUUCAUACACGCCCAUUUUCAUCGCAUAUUGCGCGCCUAAGAGAAAGCUUCAUAUCUUUUCGAAACUGUCUUUGUCGGAAAAAUGCAUGACGUACAUGUUUCUCGCUAGUCUUGCUCAAGGAAAUCCAAAGAGUGCUGCAUUUGGCUUCGUGAUGGGAAUGACUCUGUUUAGCUGGGAUGGAAGCAUCGGAUCGUUCUCGGAAGAAAAAGAAGCCGUGAAAGACCCCAUCGGAGCGACACUAAAAAUACAGCAGAAAAUUAGGCUAGAUGAAGAAGAACAGAGACUGAUUCAAGCCCAAAUGGCGAGGUUUCGAGCUGGGCCACCAACCGCAGCUCGGCCGCAAGUCAGAAGACAGCAACAACCUCCUCAAUAUUUUUCGAUGUCGGAUGAAAUGAUGAAUGAGUUUGAGGAGGUUGAUAACCAGAGCGAGGUCUCUGACUCAAGUUUACCGCCUGAUCUGGAGUUUGCCUCUGAUGAUGAAGCCGACUUGGAUCAACUAAUCGCAGAUAUUCCAAAAUACGAGAUCCCACAAGCUCAUUCAGAGACGAAAGAAAACUGCCAGGAGAUCAUUUCGAUUAACUCAACAGAAACAGAGCCAAGCUCCUUGAAUGCGUUGAUGGCUCUGCCAACACCAAGCAAUCAAGUUGAGGAGAGAGCAGCAAGAUAUACAGGAGUGCCAUGGAGGUCGAUCGCCUCUCUUCAAGGAGAAUCUAUCGACGAUGCCUUGGAACAAGCGAAAAAGAUCCUGGAAAAUGCGAAUAUCAGGGAGGCUCCGACUUUAAGUAGCCGCGAUCAAGUAUUCAACAAGCCAACAGAUCCGCGCCGUCGACCCCAACAAAAAAGAGAGAAUCAAGAAGUCAUUGUGAUCGGUGAUUCAUUCGAAAGCUUUCCUUCCAAUCACUUGCGGCAAAUCACAACUCCUUCUGUCAAAGGCGAAGUUAUUGUGCUUGAGGACUUUGAUUCAGAAGUACAAGAAGUGACUGUCAAGGAGCCUGAACUAAAACCAGUUGAGGAUGAUAAUGAAAACGACGAUGAAGACUUCGAGAUAACUGGAGAAAAGCAAGGUGACAUACUUUCUCAUCAUCGAUCAGAUUGCCCGAAAAAUAAGUUCACCAAGCUUCAGCCCUAUGAGCAAGCGAUUGAAGCGAACGAGUCCUUUUGCGAGAAGUGUUUUUGCUUUAUUUGCGAUAAAGCUUCAAAAGACUGCGAGUCUUGGUCAGCAACAGAUGCUCCUCAUUGCAACGCUUGGAAAACAGCAGACUGGAAGAUACAGAAGCAGAUCUGGAAAAAUGAAACUGAGAAGCCAAAGUAUCCUGAGGUCCAACCAUCUCGUCCGCCUUCUUCGGGCUGGGGAUUCGAAGACUAUGCCUGGCAUAACAGAAAUCGAAACAGAGUGCGCCAGCAAUCACCUCCAAAAUGGGGUGAAUCUAGGUCUAUCUUUGAGGCUGGAAUAUCGAAUUCUUGGGGCUGGAAUGCGACUUCUUCGACAACAGAAGCUAGCAAUAAUCCCGGAAGAUCCACUGCGAGCGGAUGUGGAGGCGAAAAUGAAGGUUCUUUAAAAGACGAACUUUUGGAAGAGGGUGACUAUGUCCGCUGCGUCUUUGAACGAUUCCAAAAAGAUGUCCUUAUCGCCACAACAGACGUAGAUGUUCUGAAAGAAUUCGAUCCCCUCAUGUCUCUAAAAACAAAACUCGGCUCAAUUGACAGACCAAGGAGGCUUUCAGAAGAAGCGAAGGAGAAAGACUCGAUUCACGAUAUCAUUACCAGCUCGAACGCGUAUCUAAAUCCUACUGGAAGUCACUACAUUCUUGAACGACUCGGUGUCGAUUUAAAAGACACUCUGUCUUUCUUAGCACCUAUCACACCCCCAAAACAAGAAGAAAUGAAAAGCUGUCUGAGGGAGCGUCAAUCAAAGCUUGCAUCGAAGAAAUACGUUACAAAAGGGGUGGAAUACUUCAAAAAAGGGGAACUUCAGGAAGCAAUGAAUAAUUAUCGCACGGCGCUUGAACUUGAUAAGGAGAAUACCGAUGCUCUCGUUGCUCGUGGAGCUCUUUAUUCAUCCAGAAAGCAAUGGCGAGCAGCAUGCGAAGACCUCGAAGCAGCGUACAAAAUCGACCCGGAGCAUAAAAACGCGAAGGCCUACCUUAUCCGUGUCCUUUUUGACUGGUCGAAUGUUAUCUCAACCCAAGCCGUUUCAGCAAACGAAUCCUCAAAACCCGACCUAAAGCGCGCAGCAACUUUGCUCGAGCAAAUACUUGACCUUGAACCAGACCAUGUCGAGGCAAAGACAAAACUUCAAAUCUUGAGGAAACCUUCUGUUUUUUCGUCGAUUCAAGACCAGAUAAAUGACAGAAUUCGCCCUCCCGAAGACGAAAAGGUUUCCAAAAUCGACAAGGAGAUUCGAAAACUUAUGAAGAAGAAAGACAAGGAGAGAAGGAAGGAUAGAAAACGAGAGAAAAGGUCGAAGAAGGAAAAACGGGACAGCAGGGAGAGAAGUGUCAGCUCUUCAAGAAGUCCUCCUAGAGGAAGGCACCGCUCUGGAUCAAGUAAUGAUUGUAUUGUUAUCGAGGACAAAAAGCCUGAGAAGAGACCCGCGUCGAAGGGCGUUACUGGCAUUACCGGAUUCUACCAGGUUUGCGCUUUUCAAUCGACAUUAUAUUUCCACUGCUUCUAA